CGCCGUUGCUUCUUGAUCAGCUCAGCCUCAGUCGCGACUCCGAUCCUUCCCUGACCGGCCGACCCACCACACCAGUGUCCCCCCGCACCGCACGCACGCACCAUGUCGUGGCUCGCGCGCUCCAUCGCGGCCACCCUCUCCUCGCCGCGCGGGGAGCCCGACUCCGACGCCGACGAGCCGGAGUCCGAGCACGCCUCCGCCGCCGGGAGCGGGGCGGGGCCGGUGGAGGAGGAGUCCUCGCCGCGCGGCGGCGGCCCUGACCCGGGGGCCCCCGGCGCGGAGGAGCCCGAGCAGCCCGGCACGCCGAGCCGCGGCGUCAAGGACGACAUCUCCGAGCUCACCGAGACCCUCACCCGCCGCCUCUGGGGCGUCGCGUCGUUCCUCGCGCCGCCCCCGACGCCGCCGGAGGCCUCGACCCCGCGCGCCGGCGCCGCGGCUCCGGCGGAGGGGGGAGAGGAUGAUGAGGUCGGGGACGGGGAGGAGGCCGCGGCGCUGUCCCCGCGGAUCGCCGGGAUCCGGAGCGACCUGGCGGAGAUCGGCGGGAGGGUGAGGAGCGGCUUCUCGAUGCUGCAGAACAACCUGGCCGUCGCCGAGAUCUCCAAGAUCGCCUCGUCGCUCCUGCCGUUCGGGCAGGGGGAGGCCAACGAGGGGGAGCCCGUGCCCGGCGUCACCGAGGAGGUGGUGGUGUUCGUUAGGCACAUCUCCACGCGGCCGGAGACAUGGCUCGAUUUCCCCCUCUUCAUCAGCGAGCGCUACGCCGAUGAUUUUGAACUGUCGGAUGCUCAAUAUGUGCACGCAUUAUCUGUAGAGCACCUUGUCCUAGGCUUAUCAGAUUUAAAGGUUCAGAUUUGCUCUACUGAUAUGACUGAAGCAUGUUUCUGGAAGAUCUACUUUGUUCUUUUGCACUCAAAACUCAGUAAGCAAGAUGCUGAGCUUCUUUCAACUCCACAGAUCCUAGAAGCAAGGGAGCAAUUAUUGCAAAGUUUACAGGCUCAGAAUAAGAGGGUAUCCAAGUUUACUGGUGAAACAUCAGAGAACACGAAUGUAUCCACUGCUCCUGCUGAGGAGAAGGUGAUUCAACCUUCAAGCAUCCAAGAUAAAGCUGGUACAUCAGAGAUUUCAUCGUUUGAGGAACCCACUUCAGAUAUCACGCCAGAAAUCGAGUCUGAAAAAUUCCCGAUUUCAACCACUGAAGUGGAAAUAGUUGACAAGUCAGUGAUUGAGGAAGAGCUGGCAGUGAAAAACGAGGGCAAGACUCCACCCGUCCAGUCCAAGCUUCGCUUUGAAAUUGACGAAGAUGAAGUUGACGAGUGGCCUGAUGAUGAUCCUACCGAAGAGGAGGUCGGUGCGGCAGGCAGCAGAACUUCAUUAGGGCGGGAGGAAGACGUGUCCUUCAGUGACCUGGAAGAUGACGAGGACGAGGAUGCGAAUAAAAGGCAUGGGCAGUAGCCAAGUGGACCAGGUUAGCUAAAAAAUCUGGUCCUGGUGCGCAAUCAUCUCUCUGAUCCGACACUCCCGCAACCACAUGCUGGAGUAGGGCCGGGAUCACAUCCAAUCCAAGGAUCAUUGCUUUGUUAUUAUUAGAGCCCGGAAGUAAUGAAUCCAAGGAGUAGCCCGGUCUCGGAUACCCUAGAUGCGGGAUCGUAAUGAUAAGCGUCGUCUGUCAAUGCAGCUCGUGUUAGUGUUUGACGGCGAGCAGUGCGUCUGUAUUAUUUGAGCCCCCGUUCUCUGUAGCCUGUACAUAGAGAGCUCCCCCUUUGGGCCUUGUGUAGACCUACCCGCUUUGCCCAUCUGAAUCUCGUUGCUCCUCCGGUCCGUUUCAUGCAAUGCAAUAAUUGAGAUCUGAAUCUUUGAUCCUGA